AUGGAACUACCGACCUUGGGAAAACACUGUGCAAACGACCAAUGUAAACAAAUUGAUUUUUUGCCUCUGCAGUGUAAAUGUGGAAAAGUUUUUUGUUCCGAGCAUCUACAAACCCAUAGAGAAACUUGCGAAAAAUCUAGAUUCUUAACUGAUGAGGAAUUAAAGAAAAUUGAAAAUAUUUUUGUUUGUUCCAAGGAAGGUUGUAGGGAGAGAAGUGUUGUGCCUCUAGUCUGUCAAAGGUGUAAGAAACAUUACUGUAUCCAGCACAGACAUCUAACUGAAUGCAAGGACAAAACUAAAGAAGAACUUGACAAGGAACGGGAAAGGUAUGCAGAGCCAGUAAGGCAAUUCAAUGAAGCCAAAGCGAUAGUUGAUAAACAGAUUGAAAAUAGUAUAGCAGAAGCCAAAAAGAAGUCAAAAAGUAAAGAACUGGCAUCCAAAUUACAGUUAAUGAAAAUAAAAAACAAGGCACAGGGGCAGCAAUCGAUACCGUUGACACACAGGGUUUAUUUCAACAUUCAUUUGCCGUCCAGUGGCCCAAAUGGGGGCAAGACUUUGCCUGUGUUUGUAUCGAAGUUUUGGUCUUUAGGUAAAGAUAUAGUGCUAAGAACUGAAAAUGACAGCACUUACCAUAAGGAGUAUUUUGAAAAACCCCCUGAAGAAAACAUUCCAGGAAAUGACCGAGCUGCUAAUUGUUCCCAUAUUGAAUAUAUCAGGACUGUGCAAGAGAAAAUCUUUAAGACUCCCCCUCCUCUUAAGCCACCAAAGAUAUCUGAAAUGAAAGAUUCAUACCCUUUCCACCCUUGGAAACCUUUAAGAGAUAAACAUGUUAAUGUUUUUUGUGAGAUGCCAGAAACCUUCAGGGGAAUCCAGCCUAAUAUCAAUCCGGCCGAUAAGGGAUUUUACAAAUUGCUUGAUAUAUACUUAACUGAAAAUAGGGCUAAAUAUGUCCCCUAUACCCCAGAACAGCUUGCAAAAGCACAGGAAGAUUUUAUUACUAUGUAUAACGCUUGUGGAAAACAUAAAGGGUUGAAAGACGAGUUGCCGGGCAAAUUGCAUGGGCGAAAAAAUAUGUACGACAAAAAAGUGUUUAAGUUGGAAAUGCCAAAUAGAUUUUUGUCCAAAGCUCCAAAACGUGUACCUCACAGUGGAAUGACUACAGAAUACUCCUCAAACUACCCGAAACCAGCCUAUUCAGACUUCUUUCCCUAUAUCCAAGAGAAUGGCAUCUAUUUUCCACAAAGUCUUUCUGGUGCAGGGCCGUGGCAAACUUUAUGUCCCCCUGCUAUGUACUGCACUGAAAAUUGCCAUAUCGGUACCGGUCUCCCCGUUAGAGCGGUGGUGGAUGUUAAUCAGCCAGAUAUAAAAAAGAUUAUACAUGAUACGAGGUGUUGCACAAAAAUUUAAAUAAAAAAUAAAUAAUCAAGGUGUUUUAGAAAUUA